UGCACUAUUGCCGGACCCUGUAUAUUACAAAUGUAUUUGAUUACAUAUAAAUCAUAUUGUAGAAAUAAUUGCAUUUUUUAGAUAUAUGAAAUGUAAGUAUUAUCGACAGUUACAAUGUCAAGCAUCGGGAAAGGUUGUCGCAGAACAGUUUAUGGUAAUUAAUGGUAAUCAUAAUCAUCCAAGAGAAGAGAAUGAUAUCAACGCAAUGAACUUUAAGAGAGAGUUAAGACAAGCAUGUGUUACCGAAAGGGGUACUUUAAAAAGUAUAUAUGAGAGAUUGAGCAUAAGAAAUCCAGAAGGUGCAGUUGUUGUUCCAUUCAAUUCUGUGCGUAGUUCAAUGCUGCGAUGGAGACAGGCAACAACACCAAAUAUUCCAGCUAAUUUGGAAGAAUUAGCUAUAAUUUUGCAAACUGGUGAUUGGCCUCGAUUUAGCAACUGCGCUAAUGGAGCAUUUUUUUCAGGUUCGGUAGUAUCUGAUAACCAUCGGGCCAUAAUAUUUGGAAACCAAGAUUUUAUUCAAAACUUUAGGGCUUCCCAGUAUGUUUUUAUAGAUGGAACAUUUAAGGUUGUACCUAGGCGGCCAAGUUUUUGUCAGAUUUUAACAAUAUUUGCAACUUCCAUGGAUCAUGCUUUUCCAAUCGUUCAUAUAUUCAUGGAAAGGAAGACAAAACGAUUAUAUGACGCUGUUUUUGCAUAUCUUUUAACAACGUUCCCAAAUUUCGUUAACGAAACCGUCAUAACAGACUACGAGGUUGCUCUUAUAGAUUCGUUAAGAGCGUCUUAUCCACAAGCUUCCCUCAGGGGAUGUUUUUUCCAUUUUUGCCAGGCGGUGUUACGUAAAGCCAAGAUGUUGGGAGUUCACCGACAAAUUAAUGACAAUGAGAAUGGGAGAAUAUUAUUAAGAAAAUAUUUUGCAUUGCCUCUUUUACCUCCGAAUAUGAUUGUUCGAGCAUUUGAAUCUUUACAGGAUGAUAAUGCAGAGCUCAAUGACAUAUUCAGAGAGCUGCAUGUGUACGUAAGGAGGCAGUGGAUAGAACGAAUCACUCCUGACCAUUUAAGUGUCUAUAGGCAGCGACACCGGACUAACAAUGUUAUGGAGUCGUACCAUCGGCGACUCAAUAGCAAGUUAGUCCGGCAUCCCGGUGUAUGGGAUUUGAUACAAAUACUUAUCGACAUACAGAACACGGCAGUAAUUGAAUUGAUGCAGUUGGAGAGGAACGCAACAGUGUUCAGGAUUGCCCGAAAAAAUAUUUUCUUUAACGCUAGACUGAAUUUAGCCUGGGAUAAAUUGGACGAUGGGCGAUUCAGUAUGGCGGAUUUUCUUCGGCAUUCUGUCCAUCUUGUGGAGCGUUUGGAUAGACAAAUAAACGAAUGGAAUGGAGAUGUUCAGGAUGUUCUCGACAUAGAAGAUCCCGUUCCAGAACCUAUCCAGCCACUUAACCUUGACCCAAUCUUGCAAAAUCCCCACCUUUUAGAGCCAAAUAAUUCACCACCUCCACUUAUUUUUUUUCAACCUCAACAAAAUGUUCCUGCUUCACCACCACCUUUAGUUUAUUUUAAUGUAGAUCCACCUGUACGUGUACCGAGUCCUAUCCUACCACUACCGAACCGUCCUGUAGACCCCCCUCAAGAUUUAGAAAAUGUUGGACCUCCAUCGCCACCUCAGAUUGUUCAGAAUCGCACUCCUCCUCCCGCUUUUCAAUUUCCUCCAAUUCCAGAAGAAAUUGGAAUAUUAUUUGCUGCAUUUGACAAUGAAGAUAAUUUUCAUCGGAUCGUCGAACAUCGUUGGGAACCAACGAUGCCGGUCACUGUAUUCGACGAUCUUUCUAUGUCACCUGCACUCCGCUGCCUAGUUUGCUAUUUGAAUAAGGUGCAAUAUGUUAUGCAAUGUGGGCAUGCAUUCUGCACGACUUGUACAGCUACCUUAUUCAAUGUGCAAGUUGCUAAGUGUGCAAUGUGUAGAGCAGAACUGCACGGUGAACCUCUCCUUCUGUACCUUUAGGUUACGAUGUUCGGCCUCCAUCACCACCUCAAAUUGUUCAGAAUAGCACUCCUCCGGCUUUUCAAUUUCCCCCAAUUUCAGAAAAAAAAUUGAAUAUUAUUUGCUGAGUUAGGCAAUGAAGAUGAUUUGGAUCGGAUCGUCGAAUGUCGUUGGGAACCAACGAUGCCGGUCACUGUAUUCGACGAUCUUUCUAUGUCACCUGCACUCCGCUGCCUAGUUUGCUAUUUGAAUAAGGUGCAAUAUGUUAUGCAAUGUGGGCAUGCAUUCUGCACGAUUUGUACAGCUACCUUAUUCAAUGUCCAAGUUGCUAAGUGUGCAAUGUGUAGAGCAGAACUGCACGGUGAACCUCUCCCUCUGUAUCUUUAGGUUACGAUGUUCGGCCUCCAUCACCACCUCAAAUUGUUCAGAAUAGCACUCCUCCGGCUUUUCAAUUUCCCCCAAUUCCAGAAAAAAAUAGAAUAUUAUUUGCUGAGUUAGGCAAUGAAGAUGAUUUGGAUCGGAUCGUCGAACGUCGUUGGGAACCAACGAUGCCGGUCACUGUAUUCGACGAUCUUUCUAUGUCACCUGCACUCCGCUGCCUAGUUUGCUAUUUGAAUAAGGUGCAA